AUGACUCUAGAAGAGCUUUCCGAAUUGAACAAAUUAACAUGGGAGAACCUCAGCAGCCGAAAACACAACAUUCUCAAAGCAUUUGCUUUGAGCUUGAAGCCAUCAGACGAGGUCAUGCUACAUGGAUACAACGAAUACGUCUAUACCGACAAGUCUACAGGCCGCAGAGACUGGGCUUCUCGGAUCAAGUUUCGACAAACUGGCAACGGAGAGAUUCAAAUUACAGAGUACCAGUCUUAUCUUAGUCCAAUUGCAAAGCUUUGA